CGACGCGAACGAGACGGGCAAAAGGUCGAGUUGGAAGUUCGAGAUCAACUGACCAAAGAGAGGACGACUGCUCGCGAUGCAACACUGACACGACAAUCCGACGACAAAUGGGCCGAACUGGCCGAGGUCGAGGUGGAGGCGAAGGCGAAGGCGAAGGCGAAGGAUCGACGUCAUCCUCACAAGCCGUCCCAUCGGACGCAGCCUCGAGACCCGGCGUCUCGGCAACACCGAGCGCAUAGCCACUCGCGUCCGCACAUCCUCUCCACGUCUGGCCGCCUCGCAGAAGCGUCUGACGACGAAUCGGUCAACGCAUUGGCCGCCUCCAGUCUCUCCUCGUUGCUGAUCGCCUGCUCGCCCGGUCUGGGCGUGAGUCCCGCCUCGCCGAUGCUGAGUCCCAGUCGGCCUUUGGGCACCGAUUGGGGCAGUCGUUUGGCCUCGAGGCACGAUCAAAACGGUCUCGACGAGAGUCUGGCCGGGGACGAGGCUCUGGAGGGGCGAAGGUCGCCUCGACACGAAACCAAGAAACGGCACAAGACGAAAACUCGAGUCCCGGCCGGCCGAGGAUUGUCGAAAGGCCCUCGAGACAACAGACACAGUCCCUGUCCACACCUCGAAGACGACAUUCUGUUGGUCGAAACACCGGCCUUAGGCAAGCGGACAGGAAAUAACAUUGUAGCAGUGGACACUGAACCAUCUGGAGGUACCACAUCAAAGCACGACUUGAGCGAAUAUCUCCUCGGCUAUGGGGAGCCGGCGGCGAGCCUCCCCUCCAAAAUGAAUGUCGGUUCUCGUAUGUGGCAAAUUUGA